CCAGGGAUCCAGCAGCACUCUGGAAGGUCUCUGCGUAGCCAGGCUUGGCUGGAGACGUGUCCUCACUGGCGGCUGCGGAGACCCCAGCGUCUCCCUUCGUGCCUUAUUCCUGCCUUCGAAGUUAGCCUUGGACGUCUCUUCCCCCUUCCCAGCGCGGAUUCCAGGAUCCCUUCCCUCUGGGGCCGAUACCUGGAACUUGCCUUUGAAACCAGCCCUAAGUACCUUCCCUAGGGUGCCUGGUGUCUCUCCGCAGGGGCCCUGGUCCUGGGCCAUGGCCCACAGGGCAGGCCUGGGGCCUGGGUGGCUGGGGGCUGUGGCCAUUCUGCUUUUACUUGGAUUAUUCCGGUCCGGACUUGCCUCCUGUGGCGUGGCCUCCCAAGCACGCAUCACCGGGGGUGGUGGCGCAGCGGCCGGCCAGUGGCCCUGGCAGGUCAGCAUCACCUACGACGGCACCCACGUGUGUGGCGGUUCCCUCGUGUCUGAGCAGUGGGUGGUCUCAGCUGCUCACUGCUUCCCAAGGGAGCACCUCAAGGAAGACUAUGAGGUAAAGCUGGGGGCCCACCAGCUGGACUCCUACACCCCUGAGGCCGAGGUCCGCACCGUGGCCCAGGUCAUCUCCCACCCCAGCUACCACCAGGAGGGCUCCCAGGGCGACAUCGCGCUCCUCCGGCUCGGGAGGCCGGUCUCCUUCUCCCGCUACAUCCGGCCCAUCUGCCUCCCCGCAGCCAACACCUCCUUCCCCAACGGCUUCCAAUGUACUGUCACCGGAUGGGGCCACGUGGCGCCCUCAGUGAGCCUCCUGGCCCCCCGGCAGCUGCAGCAACUCGAGGUACCACUGAUCAGCCGUGAGACGUGUAACUGCCUGUACAACAUCGACGCCAAGCCUGAUGAGCCCCACUUUAUCCAGCAGGACAUGGUGUGUGCCGGCUACGUGAAGGGGGGCAAGGAUGCCUGCCAGGGUGACUCUGGGGGCCCACUCUCCUGCCCCGCGGGGGGCCUCUGGUACCUGGCAGGCAUUGUGAGCUGGGGCGACGCCUGUGGGGCCCCCAACAGGCCUGGCGUGUACACGCUGACCUCCAGCUACGCCUCCUGGAUUCACUACCACGUGACAGAGCUCCAGCCUCGUGUGGGGCCCCAGCUCCAGGAGUCCCAGCCCGAUGGCCAUCUCUGUGUCGACCAUCAGGCCUUCAGCUCGGCCCCAGCCCGGGGCUUACAGGGGCUCGUCCUUCUGCUGCCACUAGGCCUGACCCUGGGCCUCGUCUGCUAAGCUACUCAUCCUGGGAGCCGACCCUGCUUCCUGGACUUCCACACUGCACCCGAGGACAGAUGCAUGGCCCAGGAGUGGAGCUGGCCCUUCCCUGACAUCUGGGCCUGGGGGACUGGUUUGAGUCACUCCUUCCUGCCCGGACCUGCGGGAGCCCAGAGCACCAUCCUGACCUUUGAGCCCCCUCUUCUGGGUUCGUUCUUUGGGACUACAGCCCACAGGCAAAGAGUUUACUACCUGUGGUAUUGGCUAGAGCCUCUGGGCACCUCCACCCGCUGGCUGGGCUCCUAUGGAGCCCCUGAGGACCCUUAACGAUGAAAAUGAGCCCUGGCUCCCCGCUUUGUUUCUAGAAGAUUGGGUACCUGCCUAGUUAAUUGCUGCUGAAGGGCUGGCUCCAGCACUCUGAGCGCUCCUUCUGCCGGAUGAGCCCCAUCACUUCACCCUCUGCCUGUCUUCUGAGCUGGGGCUGCCUCCGGGCAGCAUAUUCUUAAGCACAGAAAAGGCCCCAAUCUUGCCCCAUCGGCUGCCAUGCCCUCCUUGAACCUCGACUCCUAGACUCCGGAGGACUGAGCCCCCACUGGAACUGGGCUUGGGCUUGGGGUGAGGGAUAGAAAGAACAAGCAGAAGGAAAAUGUUUUGAGCACAACUGGCUGUGUGUGACAUGCAACGAAGAACAUCAGCUCUUGGCCUCUCCCUCCCACCUCCAAAGUCCAGAACCACUGGCAGAACUUACUUUAUUAAAAAAAAAAUGACAUAA